AUGGCGGCCUCCAGGAGCCUCACCACGCUGAGGAUGAAGCUCCUCGUCGACACGCGGGGCCAGCGCGUGCUGUUCGCGGAGGCGAGCAAGGAGGUCGUCGAUUUCCUCUUCUCCCUCCUCGCGCUGCCGGUGGGCGCGGUGGCCAUGCUGCUCGGGCAGGAGGACGCCGCUGCGACCGGCGGCAGCGUCGGCGGCCUCUACCGCAGCGUCGUGAACCUCGAGCGCUCCUUCGCCCAGCCCGGCGCCGACAUGGACGCGCUCCUCCUCCCCGCCGUGCCACCGCCGGCGGCCGGCUGCGUCGGCUCCCUCCUCCGGCUUCCCGACGCGAGCGCGCGCCCCAGGUGCCCGUCCUGCGGCGGCCGGCCGCCACUGGCAGAGAGUGGCGUGCAGCCCAGCCGGUCGUCGGUACCGAACGGUUCCCCCGCGGACGCGGGAGGGUUCGUGCGGGGCAACAUGACGUACAUGGUGAGGGACGACCUCGCCGUCGCGCCCAUGUCCACCAUCUCCAGCAUCUCCGUGUUCAACGCCCUGGCGGUGAGGGGUCUCGGCGCUGUGCACGAGAGGACCGUGCAGAUCGGGCACACGGAGGCUCUCAAGAUUCUCAAGGCCUCGUUCGAGUCCAAGACCGUCCUCACCGAUGUCUUCCUCCGCGGCAGAGCUCCAGCUCCAGGCACGCUAGCUCGCUAG